AUGGCGUCGACACGAUCAUUGUUGAGGCCCUACAGCGGCCUCGCGAGGCUUGGCGCGCACAUUGUGCAAGCGCCCGCCAUCUGCAUAUCCCAUAGACAGCUUUCCACUGCCCCCAACUCGCAGGCCGAAGCGACAGGCGCAGCAGCGCCUCUUCGUCUCAAACCUUUGACGCUGGAGCAGCGGGAUUUCCUUUCCUCUGCGCUGCGUGUCAACCAAGCCGGCGAAUUGGCUGCGACCCGGAUUUAUACUGCCCAGACCCCUCCGAUCGUCAACCGACACCCGCACCUGCGACCGCUGAUGGCACAUAUGUACGAACAAGAGGAGGGCCACCUCAAGACAUUCAAUUCGCUCAUUCACAAGCACCGAGUGCGCCCGACUGCGCUUUACCCCCUGUGGCAGCUCAUGUCGACCGGUUUGGGUUGGAGCACGGCAGUCAUGGGCCGGGAGGCGGCAAUGGCGUGCACAGAAGCCGUCGAGACGGAGAUUGGUGACCACUACAACAGCCAAAUCCGGACCCUGCUUGAGAUGGUCAGUGAGUGGGAGGCCGAGGGCUACGACGUCGGACCCGAAUUCACCGAACUCAUUAAGACGCUGCGGCGCAUUCGCGACGAAGAGCUGGAACACCUCGACCACGCCGUCGAGCAUGACGCCAAAAAGGCAGAGCCUCACUGGCUGCUGACCGGUGUCAUCCGGGCAGGCUGCAAAGGUGCCAUUUGGGUGAGCGAAAAGAUAUAA